AAUGGAUAUGUCUGCAGAGAACCACAGUAUUCCUCUCAGUGAUGGAAACCACAUUCCUCUGCUGGGACUGGGCACCUAUGGAGACCCUCGAACAACACCCAAAGGCACUGCACUCGAGUGUGUGAAGUUAGCCAUAGAUGUGGGUUACCGGCACUUUGAUGGGGCACUAGUGUAUUUCAAUGAGCACGAAGUGGGUCAAGCCAUAAGGGAGAAGAUUGCCGAUGGAACUGUUAAAAGAGAGGACAUCUUUUACUGUGGGAAGCUCUGGAAUACCUUCCAUCCACCAGAGUUGGUGAGACCGGCCUUGGAGAGGACGCUGAAAGCCUUGAAGUUAGACUAUGUGGAUCUCUACAUUGUUGAGCUUCCUAUGGCUUUCAAGCCUGGAAAUGAGUUUUAUCCAAAAGACAAGGACGGAAAAUACAUUUACCACCACACAGACCUCUGUGCAACAUGGGAGGUGACCUUUGUAAAAAUUAUCAUAAACCAUCAACGCUUUAAAGAUGCUUAGAAUAAUAACCUGGCAUCAUUGGUAUUUUCCUGUCUCUGGUUCAGGGUGAAUGUGGAAUGUCCCCCUCUGCUGGAGGACGAGCUGCUUGUUUCCAUUGGCACAAAGUACAAGAAGAGCACUGCUCAGGUGGCUCUGCGCUUCAAUGUCCAGAGAGGAGUGGUCGUGAUCCCCAAGAGCUUCAGUCCUGAAAGGAUCAAACACAACUUCCAGAUAUUUGAUUUCUCACUCACGGAUGACGAGAUGAAAGCCAUUGAAGCACUUAACAAAAAUAUUCGUUUUGUGGAGCUGCUGAUGUGGAGCGACCAUCCAGAGUAUCCAUUCCAUGAUGAAUAUUAAAAAUAAAUGUUUUCUGCCUCUUGACAUUUCUGUCUUUUGACACAAAUAAAGACAAAGACUUGUGUGUUUUGCUGUUAAAGGAUUGCACUGGUAUAUUUUCAUACUGAACACUGGAGGGCUCUGUUCAAAGUGAAUUAAUAAGAUAUGAAGUU